CCGCCAGAUUAACGCACAGAUCCACUUCACGCCAUAAUUAAUGCCAAUGGAUACCAGUUCUAUGAAUUCCAUUUAAUUUUUAUUUAUUCACUGUUCAGUCCCAUACCACGAAGCCUGUAAUCGUUCCAAAAUUUCGAGAAGAAAUUAUAAUUAUCCCGAAUAGCAUACUAUCGAACCACCUCGAUAUCUGUCUUCAUUCACACACAGUUCCUUUAUUAUUCAUAGCUGUUUCAAGACGAUGAUGCAGUAUUUGUACCUCAAACAAAAGGCUUUAGAAGCUGUAAAAAAUAAAAAAAUAUUUACAGUUCAAGGACGAAAUGCGAUAGCAGUUAGAAAAGCAUUACUUUAUCGUGGUUGGGUUGAAAAACGAUCUCCCUAUCAAUGGAACACAGAAGAUUCUCAAGUUUCGAUGAAGUUGUCGUCAAGCGACAAACGAGAGAACGUAAUUUUAUCGAGUUUGGUCGAAAAAUGUACUCCAAAUUUAGUUUGGGGUGAAAAAAAUUUCAAAACAACUCAAGAUUUUGAACUACCUAUUAGAAAUACGCUUAAAGUAAACAGGUUAUGGAGUACGAAAGCCAGAUUGUAUACAUCUCUGCAAAACACUUCCUGGAAUUAUAUAGAAAAUGUGGCGGAAGUCAAUGCACCCAGGACGUAUAGUAAUACCAAUAGCGACGAUAUAAGAGAAUUCAUAUACGAUUACUAUCUGACAGCAUGUACCAGUCUGAUAAAACUGAUUCUAGCAAAAGUACGGAUGAAGAGACCCAUAUUUAAGGAUACUGGAACAAUUCCUAUUAAUGUAUUUGUAUUUGCUAUAAAUCGAUGUACAGAUUAUUUGUAUAAGAAAGAAAAUUUUGAUAUAGAUAACAAAGAAUAUGACCAAAUUACAUCAGAGGACUGGAACCUCUUCCUAAUGAAAUAUCAGUCUAUAGUUUCGGGAAAAGAAGUAUUUCAGAUAGAUCCAAAUCUGCCCACAAUGAUAUCUUACGCUAAACGUUUGUUAAAAAGAAUUCUAAAAUUACGACCGCAACUAAGGUGUGAAGGCUGCUCCAAUAUUUGGAUCGUUAAACCAUCCGAAUGCUUCAAUGGUAGAGGCAUUAUCUUAUCUUCCAAAUUAGAUAAAGUACUCGACGUUGUAACUAAUUCUAGAAAGGAAUGCAUUAUCCAAAAGUAUAUUGAGGCACCGUUGUUGGUAUAUGAAAGAAAAUUUGAUAUAAGGCAAUAUUUUCUUAUAACAAAUACGCAUCCGUUAAAAAUUUGGAUGUACCAAGAUUGUGUUAUUAAAUUUUGUUCGCAAAAAUACAGCCUAAAAAAUCUUCACGAAUCCAUCCAUAUUACAACACAAGCAGUACAAAGACGUUAUAAAAAUUCUGACCCACACCCUGGACUACCGAAGAAUAAUUUCUGCUAUUCAAACAAAUACAGAAACUAUCUAAAAGACACAGGCAAAGGGAAGUUCUGGGACGAUGUAAUAUACCCUGGUAUGAAGAAAAUAAUAAUCGGAAUAAUGUUAAGUAGCCAAGAAUUUUUGAUGGAAAAGAAUAAUCGUUUUGGGUUGUACUGUGGCGAUUUCAUACUUGACAACGACUUCAGACCGUGGUUAAUUGAAAUAAACAAAACUCACUUUUAUUCAUCGAAUGAAACAGAAAUUUGUCACCGAGUCAUAUCAGAUAUUAUUAAAGUUGUAAUCGAUCAUGCUCAGAAUCCGGAAGCAUCGACUGGUAAAUUUGUAUGCGUAUACAGCCAACCAAUAACACCAUCGCUUCGAACUUGUGAAUAUGAUGCUAGUGCUUUAGAAAUAAAGGGUGUUCGAAUACUACCACAUCAUUGUAACAAGGAAAAUAGGGAUAAAGAAACAAAAGAUAUGAUACAUAACGUAGAAGAUUCAACAAGAAAAAAGUGUAUAACGAUUCCCGAUAAAAGAGUUGAUAAAAGAAUCUUAGAACGACCAUUAUUAAAUACUAUUCAUGAAAUGGAUACGUUAUUUGAACUUGCUAACAUAAAAAUACAGGAUAAUGAUAAGCAUUUAAAUGUUAAUACCGACAGAAAAAAAAACACAUUCAUGACGCAAACGAAUUUAUAUUUAUUGGAUGAUAGUUUCGGGUUAUAA